AACCACCUCUGUGCAUAAACAGAACACAACGAAUUUGCGCACAUCUAACGCGACAGCCGGCGGUUUUGGACGACAUUUUUCAAAGAACAGAUUAAUCAUUCAACGAACAAAAUGGACAUAUCGACCACAUGCAAACUGACCACACAUUUUUUAAAAUCAAUUCUUGAUGAUGAAGAGAUUUCUGCUCGACUCGAUAUUGAUACAACAAAAAACGAAACUGAAAACAAAAACAAAAUGAGUUGGGUUUUCAUACCUGAACUUAAACUGUACGUUACAAUAUACUAUGAUGCUGCAAGUACCACCGAAUCUGAUUCCGAUUCCGGCUCCGUUAUGGCAGGUCUCUUGGCGAAAGUCUUUUCUGAUAACUCUUUGAGAGACUUAUUUUUAUACGAAUUACAAAUGCAGCUGAAUGUUUUGCCAAAGAUCGANACUUUGUUGCAAUCAAAAAUAGGCCCAGAAUUGUACAAUUAUUCAACAGAAUUUCAAAUCCUCUUUUUGAAAGAUCUGUUGAGACAAAAAUAUCAAGUGAAAUCUUUCGAAAGAGGUUUGAAUUUGAAUGACUGUACGGAAGCAAUAAAACUUAUGGCCAAAUUUCAUGCAGCCUCGGUGGCUUUACAUGAACAGGAUUCUGAGUUAGUAGAGUCAUUCAAAAUCGUCAGACUUGUGAUACCAGAUCAAUGCAAACAUAUAAUGCCAACAUUUGACUUUGCUAUGAGAAAGACUCUUGAUAUUAUGCGUAAGAUUUAUCCGGAAGUCGCGAAUAAAAUAGAAAGCGUACUUAAUAACCUUUACACUAUACAACAAAUCAUCGAAUCGUUCAGUUACGAACCCGAGGAAUUUUGUGUUCUGAAUAAUGGAGACUUUUCCAUUAGUAACUUACUCUUUCCUGACAACAGCAGUCUACCUCUUUUACUGCAACAUUAUCAAAUGGCCACCUAUUCAUCGCCUGCUAUUGACUUGCAUCACUUCUUAAACACUUCACCGGAAACUGCCGUGAUACAUGAUCACGACGAGGAACUGUUACAACAAUAUUUGAAGACUUUGACGAACACAAUGGAAGAGCUGAAUUGCACAACAAAACCACCCACGAUGGGACAGUUGAAAGCGGCUAUGCGAAAGAGAAAAUUAUACGCCGUGUUUGCAGGUAUAACAUUUAGGUUAAGUAUGAUGCCGGAAAUAGUAACAGAAAACACUGAAAUGAUUGAACCCAGCGACAAUCCGUACGAAGAACUUGCAACGAAGAUGUGUUUAGUUAUGUUUUACAGAGGGUACUUUGAUUCUACAAAUGACUCUCAUGAUCAAUUAGAUAUAACGGAUUAAAGCGAUGAAAAAUGAAGAAUGACAUUGUAUAUUUUUUUACUUUGCUUUUUAAUACCAAAUAGUAGCACAUAAUCAAAGAGAGCGGUAUAGAUUAAUUUUAUGUGUUGUUUUUUACAGUUUAUAUAUAUGAUUUUGAUGUGUGUUGUGCGCGUAUAAUGUAUUUCACGUUCGUAGUCGCGAUAAAUAGAAAGACACAUUACUAAGCGUAACGAGAAAAUAUCAAGUACCUAAUAAAUCUAAAAAAAGAUCCUGAAAACAACCAUUAGUAACUAUUUUAGGUUUCUAAAAGUAAGUAUAUGAAUUCAACAUUUUGUAUGUAAGCGAGAACCGCUGUCACAUAAGUUAAAUUGUUAUAUUACAAUUUAAGCUAUUACGUGUGGUGUUAUAAUGGUUUAGAAGUAUACAAUUUUAGCAAGGUACUGUUGAAAGAUUGACAUGAAAGAAAAAUGUACAGUAAAAUUUGUAUUUCU